GAUGGUCACCCAAAAGAUGGAUGCUUGGGUUACGUCAAUUCAGUUGGUGAGUCGUUGCGGCCAACGCACAGAGCCUGGUACAAGAGCCAGGUCUGCUCGAACCUAAGUUGUAAAUGCUCAGGGAGAUUAUUUAGCCGACGGAAUUUCCAUGAUCGACCUGCAACAGUUUAUGCCUCUCCCCUGUACCUUUUCUCUCUCCCGCGUCAGUGCCAGUGACUUGCCUGCUCUGCCAUGGUUCGCAUUAUAAAGGGCCAUCAGGAGGACAUAUUUGGCGGCACUUUCGUUGGGAAUAUUUGCUCCGCGUUUCUUUUCGGGAUCCUCACGAUACAGGUUGUCCUUUAUUACCUCCGUUUCCCUCAGGAUAGUAAAUGGACGCGGAGAGCAGUUGGAUUUCUCUGGAUCUUGGUAACUAAGGCGGUUUGGUGGUACCACAUCCAAAACCACUCCAACCCCCAUGCACUGGCAAAGACGAGUUGGGAACUUUCCUCAUAUCAACUUUGUACGACUGUAGCAUCCCUUAUCGUCCAAUCUUUCUUUGUGUCUCGUAUUUGGGGUUUGUGUUCGAAUAUUUAUGUCGUUUUGUUCCUGCAAGCCCUUGUUGUCAUACAGUUCAGUAAGGACAUAACAUUGUCCUACAUCCAAAUCAUCCACAAGUGGAAUUGGGCGGUUACAGCUUGGCUAGCGAUGCAGGCAGCGUGUGACGCCAUGAUAGCAGUGUUGAUGACAUCCCUGCUCUGGUACAAGAAGACUGGUUUCAAAAGAACGGACAGUGCCAUCAACACGAUGGUGUUCUGGACUAUUGCCACCGGUGGCGGGACCUGUCUUCUAUCUAUUAUUGGGAUAUGUGUCUCCAUUCUCAGGCCACUCUUCACGGGUACCGGAGAUUUUUUUUUUUGCCGAAUAUCUCUUCAGUCCUUCAGUUCUGUGUAUGCCAUAUCAAUGCUCGCAAACCUACACAUGCGGUCAAGAAUACGGGAACAGUUAUCCGCACCUAUGCGCUAUGAGGACAGACCCAGUAUUCCUCUUGAUGCAUUAACAUCUGCUCAAAGGAGGGCCGUGGCUUCCCAUGAGCGGCGAGAGCACAUGCCACCACGCCAACCUGUGGACUUGGCUGAGGGCAGUUUCGUGGUGAGUAUUCAUCGCUCAAAGUACGAAGACAGUCCCAGCAAUCCUGAGGUUCGAGAAUAAACAUUGAACAAGCAUUUCAUAUGACGGAUGUGGUGGGCGUGUGACAUCCAUUGGCUCAGUCGUAAUCAGACCCACUCGUCGAAUACCGGUGCCCCGAAGUUGCACGAUCCCCCCGGCCCUCGUGAUGAGCUUUUCCCUGCCUCGAAUUCCGUGCUAUUUUCUUCUCCAGCCUUGACAUAUCCUUGCACUUAGAUUUGGCAGUUGGGAUAUUGGCUCCUAUCCUGUGCAUUAUCAUUUAGGAGUUUUUGGAGUUGUUAAA